AAGCACAUGCGACUGAAUAUAUCCGAAGCACCUUAUGAACUUGACCCCAAUGCUGAUAAAGAAGGGGACAUGUUGCUUUCGCACCCCGAGGGUGACACCGCUGCUUUAGCAGGCAUGGGAGGGCGUUUCCUGCGGGCACCGAGAGGAGGCAGCAAUGAUGUGGAUCCUUCCCACUCCCUGCGGAUGCCUCCCCACUCCGCCUGCCUCUCAGAGUUCACCCCAGUCAUCAGCUCCGUAUACCCUCACAUAACUCCUCUAGGGCAGCGUCUAAACUGUGCAGGGGGCAUCUCCAUGAGCCUGGCUGGGAGGGAGGCCGGCGAGGGUCAUGAAGAUGUGCCCUCUACCCGCAGCCGCGCCACCUCGCCAAGCAACGGUUACCAAGAUUCGACAGACACUGAGAGCAUGGCAGAGGAACAGUACGUCAUCACCUCGGUGCCACCGGGAAACUUGAACCACCGCGGGCGAGAGCGGCACAGUCCUAGUCAUGCCAAAGAUAUGGACAUGGAAGGGGACAGGGAGAAAGGGGUUCCUGGGGGUUUACUGACCAAGGCGAGCCCGCGCACGCCACCAGCGAGGGAAGCCAUGCAAGUGGUGGAUGGGGAAGGGCGGCCGGUGCGCUCCUUCCGCUGCGAGCACUGUCGCAUUUUCUUCCUGGACCAUGUCAUGUUCACCAUCCACAUGGGCUGCCACGGCUUCCGCCAGCCCUUUGAGUGCAACAUCUGCGGGCACCGCAGCCAGGACCGCUACGAGUUCUCCUCGCACAUUGUCCGCGGGGAGCACCAGGUUGGCUGAGGUGGGCUUGUAGAUGGCAGAAGUCGAGACUGGGGGGGAGAUGUACAGAGUUGUAUGCUGCUUUGAGAUGGCGUCAUGGCGUCUAGUUCGGUCUGCACCAGGUUGGGGCAUAUUAGCACUUGCUUUUAUAGUUAGCGGACAUCAUAUUUUACCGUCGAAGGCUAAUCACUUAGGUACGAACAUAAAACGUGCAAUUGCAUCCCGUGUUAGAGGAUGUCAAGAGGAUUCAAACGGAUUCUACCGAUUGCACUCCCAUACCAAGUCAUUCAUCGCAAGACACAGCUGUUUUGCUUUAGAAGUGCCUUCCUUCCGUGGGGUUUAUUUUUUAUCAGUUGAGAAGAGAAAUUCGAGGUGUGAGAUUAGGUCUAUACUCAUCUGUUCGGUGGCGUUUACAUAGAGUCUGCCUCUUGAAGAGAGAAAGACAAUGAACUGCUUUGGCGUCCAAAGUCUGGACUGUUUACAGAGUGGUUUUCCAAAUUUCUGAGCCUGUUAAACAAGAGAAAGCCAUGCCUAGGAGUAUUCA